AUGAAGGACCUGGACGCCAUCAAGCUCUUCGUGGGCCAGAUCCCGCGCCACCUGCACGAACAGGACCUCAAGCCGCUGUUCGAGCAGUUCGGCCGCAUCUACGAGCUGACGGUGCUCAAGGACCCGCACACCGGCGUGCACAAAGGUUGUGCCUUCCUUACAUACUGCGCCAGGGACUCCGCCAUCAAAGCCCAGACGGCCUUGCACGAACAGAAGACCCUGCCGGGGAUGGCGCGCCCGAUCCAGGUGAAGCCGGCGGACAGUGAGAGCCGUGGAGGGGACCGGAAGCUGUUCGUGGGCAUGCUCAACAAGCAGCAGUCGGAGGAAGACGUGCUCAGGCUCUUCCAGCCCUUUGGCGUCAUCGAUGAAUGCACAGUGCUGCGAGGACCCGACGGGAGCAGCAAAGGCUGUGCCUUUGUGAAGUUUUCCUCCCACACAGAGGCCCAGGCGGCCAUUCACGCCUUGCAUGGCAGCCAGACCAUGCCGGGGGCCUCCUCCAGCCUGGUGGUCAAGUUCGCGGACACGGACAAAGAGCGGACUCUGAGGCGCAUGCAGCAGAUGGUUGGCCAGCUGGGCAUCCUGACGCCAUCCCUCACCCUGCCCUUCAGCCCCUACAGUGCCUACGCCCAGGCUCUCAUGCAGCAACAGACGACAGUGUUGUCCACCUCCGGCAGCUACCUGAGCCCCGGCGUAGCCUUCCCCCCUUGCCACAUCCAGCAGAUUCGCCGUCAGGGCGCCGUCAGCCUUAACGGUCUGCCCGCCACGCCCAUGGCCCCCACCUCCGGGUUACACUCGCCCCCACUGCUGGGCACUGCCGCCGUUCCUGGCCUGGUGACGCCCAUCCCCAAUGGCUUCCCAGGUGUCCUGCCCUUCCCUGGGAGCCACCCCGCCCUGGAGACUGUGUAUGCCAAUGGCCUCGUCCCCUACCCAGCUCAGAGCCCCACUGUGGCCGAGACCCUCCAUCCUGCCUUCUCCGGAGUCCAGCAGUACACAGCCAUGUACCCCACCGCGGCUCUCGCGCCUGUGGCGCACGGCGUCCCGCAGCCUCCGCACCUCCUGCAGCAGCAGCGCGAAGGUCCCGAAGGCUGUAACCUGUUUAUCUACCACCUCCCCCAGGAGUUUGGAGACACGGAGCUGACCCAGAUGUUCCUCCCCUUCGGCAAUAUCAUCUCCUCCAAGGUGUUUAUGGAUCGGGCUACCAACCAGAGCAAGUGUUUCGGAUUCGUGAGCUUUGACCAUCCGGCCAGCGCGCAGGCGGCCAUCCAGGCCAUGAACGGCUUUCAGAUCGGAAUGAAGAGGCUGAAGGUGCAGCUGAAGAGACCCAAAGACCCGGGACACCCGUACUGACCACGCCCACAGCCCCCCCGCUGUGGGUCUGGCCCCAGGUGAGCCGCCAGGCGGCCUGUGCCCUGCCCAGCCCUGGUGUCGUCCGCCCCUCCCCUCCCAAGCUCACGCUCCAGGAAGCCAGUGGGGACAAACCCCUCCCCCAUCACCUUCGGCUGGGGUGGCACAGAGGGUGGGAUUCGGGUGGGGAGGUGGAGAGCAAGCUAGGCGCUCCCGCCAGGGGGGCUUCCCAGGGAAGGUUUUGAAGGAUGAAUAGAAGCUCAUGCAGAAGUGGGCGUGUGGGUCGGUGCAGGGUGCGAUGGGCGGGGCUUCUAUCCAAUCCUGUGAAGCUGUUCCCCUCCGGGAAGCCUAAAAGAUGUUCAGCACACGUCCCAGGCCUGGGUCCCUCCAGUUAAGCUUGGCCCAGACCUGAAGCCGAGGAGAUGGGAGCCCGUCACAGCCUUCCGGUCCCCCACCUCUGUCCCCACCGGCUCCCGUGGACCCCGAGAGCCCUGUCUUCUGAUUACAUGCCCAGCGGGUUCACAAAA